UUGGGCAAAAUUCAGGGACCCCACAAUUUCAAAAUUUCCAGGAAAAAUGCUGUUAAAUAUCGUUAACAAUUAACAUCAUCAUCAUCUUCAUCUUCAAACAAACUCAAAAUUCCACCCAUUUUUUCCCUCCUUUAUUUCUGUCUUAUUUUCUCCCUCCUCCGAAAUCUUCGUCAUUUUUUCUUCAAAUUCCUUUCUCUCUCUCUUUUCUCCAUUUCCUCUCUCCUAGGGUUUUCAAUUCAGAGAGAAGAGAGGGAGAACAGAGGGAGAAAGGAGAGAGGUUUUCCGCGCUUCGAUGAAGGUGUAAUAAUAUUAUCAUUGAAUUCAUGUCCAUUGUGUUGGUUGAAGAAGAUUAGAGAAAAGAAUUGAUUGAAAUGGGUUUGAAAAUGGAUGAAGUUGAAGAAAAAGCUUGUGUUUUCGAGGAAUCGUUUGAGAUUGAUUUUGAUUAUGAGUUCGAUGUUGCCAAAUUCUUUGAUUUUGCGCAGCUUGAGACGCCUGAGGAGAUAGCGGAAUCUGAGCUGUGGUUUGAUAUAGCUCAAGGCCAUCCUCCUUCUCCUUUAAUAGUCAAGUUGGAUAUGGAAGCGGAUGAUUUUACAGACAGUUUUAGUUCUUCCCCAAGGUGUGGAACUCUGAGCGUAUGUUCCAUCGACAAUGACAGUGGAGGGUCUGAAGUUUCCUUAAUUGAUAAGGGGGAAAAAGGACCACAGGUGCUGAAGUUGAAGUCCACAUCCCAGCCAAAUUAUCAAGUGAUCUCAAGAUUGUUACAACCUACAGCAAGCCUUUUGGCGAAGAAAAAUCAAUACAUAGAUGUUCAUUCAACAAGAAAUUCCAGAAGGCUUCAGAAGCUUGGAAACCCAAUCAAGUCUCCUGGAGAAACUGAUGCUACCAAAAGACAAAAGUUGGAGAUUGGUUACCUGCGCAAGGUUGCUCAGCUUAAACAUCAAACAAGUUUUUCGCACAAGUCAUCCAAAAAGGCUGAAACCACUGUUGUGAACUCAACUAAUACAAAGCCAAAAGUCACUGUUCCGAAAGAACCAGACUUGGCAACGACACAUAGAGCAUUGAGACAAAGGUCCAAGAAUACACCCCAACUGGAGAAUGAUGUAAAAUAUAACAGUUCCACCCUUAGAGCAAGACCCUCAGAUAAAAAAAUUCUGGAGAGUCAAUCUUUUAAGAAUAAAAGCACACCAUCCUUGCCACAGAUUCAGGAAAGUAAUGUACGUGGUGGAAAGGUUACUAAUGGUAGUGCAAUGCUGGACUAUAAAAGGAUAAACUCCAGCAAAUCUUUGGUGCGACAGAAAUCUGAUGUACUUGAUAACUUUCGAGCUCAUCCAUUGAACAAAAAGAUAUCAAGUAAAGGCGAUAUUGGUGUUUUCCGAAAUUGUAAGAAGGAGAACACAGUCCCUAAGGAAUUCAAGCUUUCCAGCAGUAAGAAGCUUUCCCAGAAUCCACCAACUGAAUUAUUCAGUAAGCUAUCUCUGAUUCCUGGAAAUCAUUCUUCAUCGCUGCUUGAAGAAGACCCUCUCCAAGUAAAGGUUUUGAAGAAGAAUGUAUCAUUACCCAACAUGAAGGAAAACAAGAAUGCAAAUGCAGUCAUUGGGAAAUCGAUGAGUUGUUUUGGAAACGGGAGGAGGAUGAUCACAGAUAUUAAAAAUCAUCUCAGUAAUUCCAGGAGCUUCACAAUUAGCUAAGAAUAUAUCAUCACUGUUUAUAUAUGCUGGUCAUAUCCUGCUGGAACAAGGAAUAUCGUCGUAAUUGUGUAUACAUGGCCUGUCUGUGCUGUCGUACGAGUUCCUUGCUUACCACCAACGUGCUCAGCAUCAUAAGACUGCUUUAGGUGGCUGCGCUCUCAGCUAUUAUUCAAUCGAUAAAUAUUGUAAAUGGCAUGAAAGCAGGAAUUAACUUGAAAUCAAUUUUGUAGAAUCCAAGUCUUCAUCAUUUCCUGUUGUACAUAACUUUCACUGAGAAUGUGUCAAAGAUAAUUGAUGCACACUGAAAUUAAGUAGAGUAAUUUCUUUUCGUUUUUUAAUAUAGACAACCCCAAGAAAAUAUAGUGAGGACUGUGUUUGAAGUUUUUACAUGGCCAUACCCUGUAUAAAAAUUUAUGGGAAAGGAAUCUCAUGUACAAUUCAAGUUAUAUUUAAUUGAUUGUUUACUUCA